AUGGAGGAGACGUUGAAUUCAAAGAGAGUCGGCCCGACCCACGAAAGGGUCGAGCACAAAAGACAGCAUGACUCAAGUCAACGACAAGAGGCCCCUCAGAACAAGCAGAGGCUAGAAACCCCGCUAUCAUCAUUCACCAAGUUGAAUACUUCAAGAGUCAACAUAGUGAUGGAAAUAAAGGCUAUGAAAGAGUUCCAAUGGCCGCCUAGAAUAAAAUCACCUCCGGAGACCAGGGAUCGGAAUAAAUAUUGUGAUUUUCACAGGGAUCAUGGACAUAUCACGGAGAACCGCAUAGCCUUGAAAUGGGAGAUUGAAGCACUUGUGGGAAAGGGACUCCUCGGUUCAUAUGUUAGUAGUAACAAACGCCCGAGGAAUGACCGUGAAAAGGAGAAAGCCCCGGAGACCAGGGAUAGUCGCAAACUAAUAGUCGGGACUAUUAACAUCAUUGUUGGAGGCAUUGCAUCAGGAGGAGAUUCAAACAAGGGGCGAAAGCAAUGUGCAAGACAGCAAUCCUCGGCAUUUGGAGUUAUCGAUGAUCGUCUAGAGGACAUUACAUUUGGAACUAAAGACAUGGAUGGCGUGUCCCUUCUUCAUGACGAUGCCUUAUUUAUUUCGACAAUUAUUGCCAACUUCGAGGGAUUUGGUGGGGGUGUUAUUGUCCCAGAAGGUGUCAUCGAGUUAUCCCUUACCUUAGGGAUAGAUCCAAAGCAAGUGACAGAAGUCAUACCUUUCCAGGUGGUCCAUGCAUCAAUGGCUUACAACGCUAUUCUGGGUAGACCAUUGCUCAAUAAGAUUAGGGAGAUCGUAUCCACAUUCCACAUUUUUAUGAAGUUUUCCUCAGGUCAUGGCAUCGGAGUGGUACAUGGAGAUCAGAAAGCAGCCAGGCAAUGCUAUAUUACCAGCCUACGGGAGGCAGGUAGUGACGUCAUGCAACUUUCUGAUGAUGAGCCAGACCCCGACCACAGGGGCAGGCUCUCCCCUGUGGAAGAAUUAAUGGAGGUCGAGCUGGAGGUCGGGGAAAAAGUUGAGCAUUGGUCGAGACCUUGA